AGGAAACCGGCAGCGUCAGAACCCCCCCGUCGGGCGCGUGUUUCCUCCAAAGCCUCGAACGAGUCCCCAAGAAGCCGUGACGUCGUUAACCCCUGGUCGAACCAUGAGCAAAUCCCAGAUCCGUCCAAGCUUCAUCAUCUUUUGUCCAUCCAUCCAUUCAUCCAUCACCCACGUCCGCCGCGCCCCCCCCCCCCCCCCCUUCCCUGUCGCCCUGCCUCAAUCUCAAUUAUCAAAAACCUUUUUUCUUCCCUUCCUCUUACUUCCCUCCGCUCUCCGCCUUCCGGUCCCUCCUCCUCUCCUCAUUCGCUUUUCCAGGGACACUCUACACACCCACCUUCUUCUUCCCUUCCAUUCGUUACCCAUCGUGUGGUGGCACAAGUGUUUCUUCUUCAUCUGAAGGGUACUGAGACCGGAGCAAGACAUUUUAUUUUCUACCUAGGUUGCCGAUUCUCGCUCGGCUCAAAAGGGGGUCCACGUCCUUCCGCGCCGCUGCAUCAAGCCCGUUUGUUUGUCCGUUUCUCGGGUCCCUCAAAAUUUACCCCCUUGCUACGGCCAGCAUAUCAGUCUUUCGCUUCCGAUUUGCACCACCCUAUUCUUUCGACCAAGGCCGGCGCGCUAAACCUACGCGACGCAAAUCGAUAA